CUCGUUACUAGACUCGCAUUCAGCUUCCGACCGCUUCAAUCUGUUUCACUUUGCGCCAGUCAAAGCCGGCUCUCAUUGCGACUCGUUUAUUCAAUAAAUUCAAGGCUGUUGUCAGUUGCUCACGCAAUCAUUCUCGAUCAUCGGCCCGUGAUGACACUACAGGCGAUAAAAUGGAACAAGGCGGAUGGCAAGCUGGAAAUCCUGGACCAGACACUGUUACCGGUGAUCACCCGCUAUGUUCAAGUCAAAGGCGUAGAGGACGGUUGGAAGGUGAUUAAUAAAAUGCAGGUACGUGGUGCACCAGCUAUAGCAAUUGUGGGCUGUCUUAGUUUAGCAACUGAGAUCAUUCAUCAUCCAGAAUACGAACAUAAGACAGCUUUUCGUCAAGAUGUUGAAGGUAAAUUGAAUUACCUGGUAUCAGCACGUCCUACUGCUGUUAACAUGAAGACAGCAGCCAACGAAUUCAUAAACUUGGCAAAUAAUCUUAGUAAGGAUGCCCAAUACACGCUAUCCCAGAUGAAAGACAAAUUCAUAAAUGAGAUAGAUGAAAUGCUGCGAAAGGAUGUGGAAGACAAUAAAGCGAUUGGAGAUUGGGGUGCGCGUGAAAUUCUACUGAAUGUGCCUAAGGACAGUUUUAUUAGGAUCCUUACACACUGCAACACUGGAAGUCUUGCCACUGCGGAAUAUGGCACAGCUUUGGGUAUUAUCAGAUCUCUUUACGAGAAGGGGAAGCUUGAAAAGGUUUUCUGCACCGAAACCAGACCGUACAAUCAAGGCGCUCGUUUGACCGCUUAUGAAUUAGUGCAUGACAAAAUACCUGGAACUCUAAUAUGCGAUGACAUGGUUGCAGCGGCAUUAAAAACAAAACAGAUCACGGCAGUUGUCGUGGGCGCGGACAGAAUUGCCGCAAACGGCGAUACCGCCAACAAAAUUGGAACUUAUCAGAUUGCAAUCCUCGCCAAGCACCAUAAUGUUCCUUUCUACGUGGCUGCACCAAGAACCUCUAUAGACUUUCACAUAUCGAGCGGUGAUCACAUAAUCAUUGAAGAGCGACCUGAAGAGGAAAUGACUCACAUAAAUGAUCAGAGAGUCGCAGCAGACGGCAUAAAAUGUUGGAAUCCGGCAUUUGACGUGACACCGGCAAGUUUAAUCACUGCCAUAAUUACAGAAACUGGUGUCUUUAAACCAGCAGACUUAAUAAAAGCGAAGGAGUAACGCGAAUUGAUGCGUCAUUGUUUCAUACAACAAGUAUAAAGACUUUCAAAUUUAAUUUAACAUUUUAAGCACGGUGCUAUUCUAAAAAACAGAAUGAUUGUAUGAUAUAAGAUCUCAGGGAAGUCAAUUAUUGACCGUACUUAAUCGGUUAAAUUAAAAUUAAAAAGAGGCUAACAUCAAAAAACUGUUACAGCGUUUUAAAAACACGAUUUCAAUAUUUGCUAAUACUAUAUAAUUUUGUAUUACAAUUUUUUAAAUUUCUAAGAAUAUUACUUUGUUACACUAUUGUUAUACUAUGAUGUAUUGCUAUACCGUUAUUGCAUUAAGAGAUUUUCAGAAAUUUGUAUCUG